UUCUAGCGCCAAAAAUCAAAACAAAGAAAAUAUCAACAUUCGAAGCGAAGUUAUGGAGUUUAAAAAGAUAAAAACUUACGGGAGAUUUAAACAUCGUGUAAUUAAGAGCGAUCUUUGGAUCUCAACUAGCUCAGAAAGCUCAAUAAGCGAUGGAUCUAUAUUAUGUGAGAAUAUAUCAUCACAAACCGCGGAUAUUUCGUCCAAAGGGAAAGAGAAUGCUCGGCCUGGUCACUCAACCCCAUACAGCGGGAAUUCACGCGUCACCGUCAGACGGCGAAGACUGCCAACCAUCAGUCCUCUUCUCACAGAAUCACCAUCAAACGCCAAAACCAGCCAGUUUGACAGUCCUAGCUUGUUCUCUGAUACCAGCAACAUAGAUUAUGAAGACUUGGUCAAUGAGAGUGAAUCACGGUGUAACACAGCCAAUCAGAGCGAAUCAAGAUGCAGCACAGCCAAUCAGAGCGAUGCUAAAUUAAGCAUUGCUAAUUCGAGUUUGACAAGUGAAUCAUCGGAUUCCACAACAAGAAAAGAAAUAGAGGUGGAAAUAAAACUACAAAAACUUUCAAGCAAUGAUAUUCUAAAUAUCUCCGAUGGGAUAAAAUGCUUAUCCCUAAAUGAAGAAAUUCUAGAUGAAAUUUCCUCUGAUGGAAUUCUCAGACAUUCGGACAUGAAUAGCCGAAAAAGUAUUUCGGGCAAAGUAAAACACACUUCAUUUGAAUCUGAAUGCGAGAUUCCUUCUAAUUUCCAGUCUAGACAAAACGAAGAAAUUUCAGCAGACGAUGACUUACCUUUGGCAAAGAAAUUUCGAGAGUUUCGUUUACUUGAUGCGAAAGUUUAUCUGAGUGGAAAAGAAGUCUGA